ACAACCACCGAUCAUGUCACAGUCAGAACCACCGACCGUCACCAGUUAUCUUUUUUGUGCCAGGCCCCUACGAUGGGGAAUUCUCCAACCAAACGGCAGUCAAGUGGCCAACCUUCAGUACCAGGACCCCCUCCAAGUGCAAUCAGGAAAGGCGUGCUAAGCGUCCUAACCGGCCGUCCUCCGCUCGUGUGCACAUUUUAUUAUGAAUCUCAAGUAUUUACGCACCAGAUCCAGCUGCCACUUCUGUACGACCGUCCACAAUCUGGUACACAAGGGACCGCGCUCGUGGACUUGGAGGUGGAGCUCAGAAAGAAGCUGCAACUACCCGAAGGAUCCAGUGUCUUCGCUGUCGUACAGGCAGAUGAGCUCUACAGUCCUCCAUAUCCUCUGGUAAUGAUCAAUAUUGUGGCUGCCCGACUAUUCACCAACCCGGACGAAACUCGCAUUCCAGUUUUGCAUUACGCCUUGGUUGUCCGACACAUGGGGCUAUUAAAGCAACCCCUGCCCAUGGGGAACGCCUACGAGUCGCCAUUCUUCGCAGUGAACGCGGCUGCGUUGGCGGAAACGACAAACUCUAUCGCGCGAAAUUUAGCUAGACGUAGGUUUGUGCAAAAUUUGCAAACUUUUGGCUUUGCUAGACUGGAAGUGACGCCGGAGCAGGCGAAAAUCCCGCAAUUGGCAUUUGAACGUGUGAGGAAGUGGCUGGUGGAGCAGUUGGAGUUGCCCAAGGAGAAGAGAUGGAUCGACUAUGUGGAUGUGAGCAAGCCUGGAGAAAAGGAAAGCGUUGAAGAUAACCCGAGUGACAGUUUGUAUUCUUCGCACCCGGUCGUGUCGCGUGGACGGCGUGUGGGCUUUAGCUUGGACCGUAAUCGAGAGUACAUGCAACUUCGUCUCCCUAUUGCGGCUAGUGGCACACCGUGGCCCCCUGUUUACUUCCAGGAUAGCGAGGAGAACAAGGAGUUUGCAAACGAGUUGCUGACGCUAUUGGAGUUGCUGGAUGAUAUCUCGCGUGACUGUAUGAAAUCUGUCUGUGAGAUUUUCAAUAUUGACGAGCGCUGGUUAUUUGAUGAGUUAUUGGAUGAUCGAACUCGCCCAACGGAAGGCUUUACCGGUCCUAGAGAUAAGAGUUAUCAGUAUGGUGCAUCGGUGCUACGCAUUUACAAUUACCGUAACAAGGCUGCAAACGGACAGAGCCCAGCCGACGUGGAUCCGAACGAUUAUUCAUGUGGAGUGCAUGCUGAUCUUGGACUAGUUACAGUGUCUCCUGUAGCUACUGUCCCGGGGUUACAGAUGUGGAAUCUGGAGCGAAUGAAUUGGGCGGAUGUGGAGGAGAAUGCUACUGCACUCCACUUUUCGGUUUUUGCUGGAGAAACGCUGGGAUUGCUUACACACGGAGUCAUCUCGGCGCCUUUGCAUCGCGUACCACCGAUAUGCGUGGAAAUAGAAGCCGAGAGACGAAUGUCCAUGCCUUAUUUUCUGAGAGCCAUACCGAGUGCUUGUCUAAAUCCGAAAGCACCGAAAGUUGAGCAAAUCACAUGCCGCGACUUCAUGGAGGACAUUGUUUUCAAAAAACGACCGUGGCGCCGAGAGAAGAGUGAUAACCCUGCACCACCAGAUUACUAAAAUAAUCGCACAAAAUAUUUUGCCGCAUUGUGUGUAUACUUUAAAGUACAUACAUCGAAGUAAUAUCGAAGCUAAGUAUCACGCCAUUAGUUCCAAAACCUUAUAAUAGUCCAUCCACGCAUUAGAUUGCUGCCAUUUUCUUGAGUAGUGGUCUAAAAUCAACUCUACUGAAAAUCCAUACUUGAAGCAAUUCUGCUGCAAUGGCAUGACGACACCAUGAAUCGAAUGAAACUGCC